UGAAGUGUGUGUGAAGCUGUCAAAUGUUUUCAUUUUUUUUUUUCGAGCAAAAAAAAACUUCCGCUAAACUUUGUGCAAAAUAAUGAGUAAUUCGGGACGAUCGGUAUUUUCAAGCGAUUAGAAUAAUAGAAUUUCAUCAAAAUGUGGCACGAGGCCAGAAAGCAGGAGCGAAAAAUUCGCGGUAUGCUCGUCGAUUAUAGAAGACGAGCAGAACGGCGACAGGACUUUUAUGAGAAAAUUAAAGCCGAUCCAACGCAGUUUAUGCAAAUCCAUGGCCGAAAAUGUAAAAUUCAUUUGGACAAUUUGGCGGUUGCAACAGCGGGAGAAAGUCCGGCAGUAAUGAUGCCUUGGCAAGGCCAAAUGGACAAUCUAAUUGAUCGUUUUGAUGGUCGUGCGUAUCUGGACAUUGAUCGAAUUCCUAUUGUGCCAAAAAUGAAAGAAACCGAAGAUAUCUCAGCAGACGAAAGACAUUGCAACUAUGAACGGUAUAGGAUUUUAGCCCAAAAUGACUUCCUAGGAAUUAGCGAAGAAAAGUAUCUCCAUCAACUGUAUCUGGAGGAACAGUUUGGCAUCAAUGCACAAUUGGAAGCCGAGAAGCCGAAAAAGAAAACCGGUGUCGGCGCUGCGAUUCCAUUUACCUACGAAGACAGUGGUGACAGCAACGUACCAUUCACACAAACUAUAGCCCAGGUAACAACGGCUCCAUCGGUUGGUGAAAAUGAUGAAUCUGACUCCGAUCUGGACGUAGACGUAGCCAUAGAUGUAUCGAAAAUUGAUACCGCUCAGGCACACGAAUUGAACGCCUGUGGCCGUCACUACGGCAUGAAGUCGAACGAUUUCUAUUCGUUUCUGACAAAAGAUUCGGAUGAGGCGGAUGCACUGAAGCUAGCAAGGGAAGAGGAACAGGAGAAAAUUAUGUUGAGCGGACGAAAGAGUCGCCGAGAAAGACGAGCACAGAGGGAGAGACGAUUUGCUGGUAGACCUAUAAGUCCACCGAGCUACGCAGCAAAGGAAGACGAGCCAACGUUCAACGAGGAUGAUGAAAAGAAUGACAGUGCAGAAUCGCGAUCGUCGACACCCGAAAAUUCUGGAAAGAUUACGUACAUCACCUCGUUCGGUGGAGAGGACGAACUUCAGCCGCAUUCGAAGAUUUCAAUCAAUUUCAAGAACCAGAAAAACCAACCAUCAAAUUCACGCAGUGAAAUAUCAUCGCAGGGUGUCUCGUAUGCCGAUAAAGUUAAACAAAAUCUGGAAAAGUUGCAAAAAUUGAACAGCUCACGAGCCAGAUCAUCUGAGUCGCCAAAAAAACCAUUAGCAUAUCAACGUCACGGUAGCAGUUCGAGGAGUCGUUCACGGAGCAGACGUUUACAAAAUCGUUCCAGAAGCAGGCGUUCAAGGAGCAGACAUUCAAGGAGUAGACGUUCAAGCAGUAGACGUUCAAGGAGCAGACGUUCAAGGAGAUCUGUGUCUCGCCAUAGAAGUUCCCGAACGAACUAUCGAUCAUCGUACAGUCGACCACAAAAUCGACGUUCGUAUUCAUCGUCAUCAUCAACUCCGCCACCGACUCGUAGAAAAUCCCGAAAAUCAUCCAGCUCAUCCUCAACAUCCUCCACAACAUCAUCAUCCACAUCGUCCAAGUCGAUUGCAUCCGAUGCAUCGAAAUCGCGCAGCCGAAGUCCAUUAGCUCGUUCUCGGUCCAAAUCGGUGCCGGUGAAAGUUGAUGUGCCGAUUGAACCGAUUCAGCCAACGAUUCAGACGAUUCCAGUCGCAGUGAAAGAAGAACCAAUGUCAAUUGAACCGCAAGCACCAAUCAAAAAAUAUUACGGCCGUCGAAAGGAGGACCUCAGCUCUGAUGACGAAGUGGACGAAGACGAUCGAUCGAUGGAUACAUCACAGCAGAGCUCCAAUGUGGCGCCGUUGACGCAUGCAUCAUCCAGUACAAAGCUUGGUAAACAACUAACAACAAAUGAUAACAAAGCUACCUCAUCUUCAAAAUCGUUCAAUCCACGCGACCGAUUGAAACGCAAAAUGCAAAUUUUAUUAAACAAACAAUACAAGGCUGAUAAAUUAGCAGAGAUUGAAAAAACGGAACGACAGGUGCAACAGCAACAGGAACGCGAAGACGAAAUGAGAGAAUUAGCAUUGCGUCUACGUCGAAGGCAACGUGAGCUUCGUCAUCGAUAUGGUACACCGACAAGCAGUCGCAGCGAAUCGUCUGAUGGCAACAGCGAUGAUGAACAGAACGUUAAACCGAAAGACGCACCACGAAAUGGUGGCGGUGCAACACUGAAAAAAUCGCCGAUACUGCGAUCGCAUUCACGGUCACACGGCCAUUCGAUGCAGAAACGGGAACGUUCGUACACGCGCAGUCGUUCGCGCGAUCGUUAUCGACGCAAAUAUCGUAGCCGGUCGAGAGAUCGGUCGUACAGGGAUUCAUAUCGGCACAGAAGUCGUGACCGGCAGAGAAGCCGUGAUAGACAGAGAACGCGUUCGAGGUCGCGCAGUUUGAGGGAGGAACGGCGACGGGAUGAUCGCAGUGAUCGCACCGAACGAUCGAGAAUGUCCAGGAAAUUGGUGGAUUAUUGAAAGUUAGAGGAAAUUUUGUCAGUUUAUUAUCGUGUCCUUCCAAUUUAUUCACAUUUUUUGAACGUUUCGUGUUUUUAACCGUAAAAGUGACAUUAUUGUUUCAACAAGAAAGAAAGACCUCAGUUGGUUCCAAUUAUAACGGCACAUAAUUACACUUCACACUUGAGACUUUGA